CUCAACCUGGCGACAAUUCGCAGCGCAGCCAUCUUCUGACUGCAUACGUCGCGGCUACAUAAUGAGAUAUAGAUAUCCCCAGGACUCUCUUCAACUUCUGAUUAGCCAUGACCGACCGCCAUGUAUCUGCAAGCGCCCGGCGCAGAUCCCGGUCCUCCACCUCUUGCGGGAUAAAAAAGCAGACCACACACACACGCGAAGCGGAAGACCUCGAAGUUCGAAGAAGUCCACGUCUCAGCGCUACAUCACGGCUUGAAAGUGCGAGCAAGAAACAAGAAGCGGCAUCUUGCUUUCCUUCGGUGGGCGAACUCUCUAGGUAUCUCUCCGGUUCCAUUGUAGGCUGUUCACUGAUCAUGAUCAUGCUCCAGCAAUCCACAACUUCCAAUACAUCUCUCAAACCUCCCUCGAAACGAAAGCGAGGCCAAGAAGCCCUGAAUCCCUACAGUUCAGCGCAAGAUCUGCCACCUGCGAAGCGGCCUCGAAACUCGGAUCAAAGCGCGCCAGAAAGCCAGCCAGAAGAGGCUGAGGAGAAGUUCGUUACAAGCGCCGCUGGCCCGCUCAGUACCUGGUUACGGGACAAGCAGUGGCCUCGUGAGUACUUCGAACCAGACGAUCAAAUGAGACAAGAGCUUUUGGAACGCGACAGCUGGCUAGAGGAGAUGAUGGCACUGCCACCUAUUCCCAUCGUUCAAUAUGUGGAAAGAAAUGGGUUCAGAUAUCCACUGCCUGUUCGAAAGAUUCCUUCGCUCCGCCGGAAGGGAUCAGAUUCGAGCCUGAGCGAGUCUAGCAAUCAGACCAGAAGGGAAAGCAAGAGCACGCCAUACAAAGAUCCACGUUAUCGUACGAUGCUUGAAACCAAUGGAAGUUUCAUGCGCGAUUUCGACCAUAACGUCCCUCAGGCUAUCACGGACAUCUGCCACCAGCUACUCGCUAGAGACCAGAUUGUGCCUCAGGAUUCCUUGUUCCGUGAUGACCUGUUCGGCAGACUCUGCUGGAAAAUACAAGACAGGAACGAAGCGAUGGUUAUCCAAGAUGUCACUCGCUUGAUUGUUCCAUCGGCGAUGAAUCUGGCAAUUUGCGGCGACACACAUCUCGAUGGCUUGAUCGAAAGUGCAAAUGAAGCCUGGACAGGUUGCAUCCCUGUGGAGGGUCCCAGGCCACAACCGGACUAUGCUGUUGGCUUCCGUCGAUCCGCAUUCACGGACACACAAUUGAGAAAGCUCAGUCCACUUAUUGGCAGCGUCUUCGAUACCUCAUUUUUUGUUGCAAACUUCCGAAUGUACUUUCCAUUUUUCACCUGCGAAGUCAAGUGCGGCAUUUCGGCGCUUGACAUUGCCGACCGGCAGAAUGCUCACAGCAUGACGAUUGCUGUGAGAAGUGUCGUCGAGCUCUACAGAGCCGUGAAGCGAGAGAAGGAACUUGACCGAGAGAUCCUCGCCUUUUCUGUCUCGCACGAUCACCAAUCAGUUCGCAUAUACGGCCACUACCCUGUCAUCGAUGGAGAUAAAGUCACGUUUUACCGCCAUCUCAUCCAUGGAUUCAUCUUCACGGCACUAGAAGGAAAGGCCAGGUGGACAGCCUACAAGUUUACCAGAAAUGUCUACGAUGUCUGGAUGCUGACUCACCUCGAACGAAUCUGCUCAGCUAUCGACCAGCUGCCGUUGGGUCUUGACUUUGAAGUUCAUGAAGUGCCUGAAGUGCAAUCUGAAGAGGCAACUAGUCUUUCACAAGAUAUGGACAGCCUUCUCUCAGAAGCGUCAACCCUAGGAUCUUGCUUCGCAGAUAGGCGAGGGAGAUGAUGAGCUAAAUCCCACUGUUGAGCAAAUGGGCAUCCCAGAAACCUCGGUCUCCAAAGAAGGGGGCCAAGGUGGCAGCCAAAAGGGCGAAGAAAAAUCCCCAACCCAAAUAGCAGACCAGGCAGUCGCAAAGAAUGAUAGAUUGCCGAAUGAGUGGGACAAGGCGUGAGUACUAAUCUAGUGGGCGAUUCGCGAAACGGGGCGGGCAUCAUCUCCUACUUGUACAUAGUCUAGUCACACCUCCACAUUUGCGGGGACGGCGCUUAAAUCAGGCGAUUCGACGUGCCUGAUCUGUGCCUGCGUCUGGACCUGACCUCGGCAUCUCCCAUAAACAUUUCCAAGGGAUUGAGGACCUUUGGGCCACUGCCACGGUGUGAUAAGCAGAGUGAGCUUGCCAAGGCGACCCCGAGCCGAAGUUGGGCCGGGCGUGAGCCAGCUUGGGCCAGCCGGAGGUGCCUGAGCAAAAGCGGCGCGAGGUUACGUGGGCUGUCGACAGACUCAGUGAGGUUCAGAGAGCCCCACACUGCCUGGAGGAGCCAUUUGUAAUACAGGGUGGUGGGUAAUGGUGUAGGCGGAUGUCUGACAGGAGGGCCAUAGAUGUGGGCGCAGGUUGGCAACAAGAGCGACAGUUCUUGUCUAUCUGCGCCGCCGUAGCAAACUGUGCGCCGCCGUAGAAAUCCCAGUCAUAGGAAUUCGCCGGGAUUGACGAGACCAUGACCAUACCAUGUAGCAACGAUGAGAAC